AUGGAAGGCAUCAGCCGAUUUGCUAAUUAUUUCGGGAACCAGAAUCUUAUUCAUUUUCCUAUUAGCGAAACAUCUCCAGGAUUCAGUAGUCUCUCUCCAUCUUUGCAAUCUCCAAAUAUGUUCACUAACUCUUCUUCACAGAUUAUCCCUCCGAGUCCAAUCCCGAAUGACGCGACUCAGGAGAUGGUGGAAAGUUCAGGUGGCGCCCAUGGAACGAUGAUGAUAUCCAACAACAAUCUUCCUCAUCAGCCGUUGGACAUUGAUCUGCCUCCUCAAGGAUGUAAAAAAGGCACUGCUGAUAUUCCUACGGAAGAGUCUGUUGAUAUCACAUCUCAUGAAUCUAAUGCUGAUCCCAUUGGUGCUCCUUUACUCCCUUCUUUUGAUUCUGAAGUUGUUGCUGAAAAGCAUGCUACGAACCUCAGCUCCCUUAAAAGUGGUAGCGAAGACGAUGACAAGGACAAAUAA